ACCAGAUAUACUUUAAUCGAAAAUACUUAAUAUGCAUAGUUUUUUAAGAACGGGAUUAUUAAAUUUUAGUUGACAGAGGCGGCAAAUAUUUCCGUGAUUCCAUCUAAGCAUGACAGGGGUAUGCUGGUAAAGUACUCCAAGGAGAUUCUGGUAAUUAGUGGAAGCAUCGCAAAGGUAUUUUCGUAAUCUACGCAUUGCAAGGGUAUUUUCGUAACUUCCUGUAAGCAUCGGUAGAUAGACAACCAAAGGUGCAACGGGGCAGCGAGGGUUACUUGGGCAGGCAAAGGGAAAGAGAGUUUUUAUGCGUUCAGCACAGAACCAAUAAUUCUUUGAAGCAUAAUUCCGCAUACUAACACGACAACAACCCCCUUGCCUCCAAUUUUUGGUAAAUUUUUGAAAAAACCCAACAAAUUUGAAAAAAUAAGGAGCAAACGGGGUUGUGGGUGCCUCCCGCCAUGAGUGCUCAGGUCUUGGAGAGGCAGCAGAGCUCUUCAUCGUUGCCAGAAGAUCAUAUAGACAACACCAAGACUCUGAUUUGUGCUCUUAGUUUCCUCUCUCGCAAUCUCCCUCUCCCCCCUGAUGUUUUCGAUGCCGUCUCUUCCAUCUACACCGCCGCCGCCUCCGAAGAUGCCGACGCUGGUGUUGACGCCACCGCCACAGGUGGAUCUGACUGCGACAAGCAAGUCGAUGAUGCUUCAUCGCCUAAUAACUCUCUAUUUCCAAAUGGAGGAGAUUUAAUGGCAGAUCUUGAGGAGGCUUUGGUCAAACAUCGAUCUAAUCACAUAACAGGUUCUGAAAUGGCAGAAACAAGGAAAAAACGGAUCGAGAGCCACAUCCAAAAUCGUUUGACACAACUUGAAGAAUUACCUACAAGCAGAGGUGAAGACCUUCAGUCAAAGUGUUUGCUUGAACUCUAUGGACUUAAGCUUGCUGAGUUGCAAAAAAAAGUGAGGUCAAAUGUGAGCUCAGAGUACAUGCUGUGCUUAAAUUGUGUGUAUCCUGAGAAGCAACUCUUUGAUUGGGGCAUGAUGCGGUUGUCUCGUCCUUCUUAUGGUGUGGGAGAUGCUUUUGCUGUUGAUUCAGACAACCAUCUCAAGAAGAAACGAGAUGCUGAGAGACUAACGAAAUUAGAGGAAGAAGAAAAGAAUAGAGUAGAAACUAGGAAGAGGAAAUUCUUUGCAGAAAUACUUAAUGCAAUAAGGGAACUCCAGUUGCAAGUUCAGGCCUCUCAAAAACGUAGGAAGCAAAGGAAUGAUGCUGUUCAGGCAUGGCAUGGAAGGCAAAGGCAGCGUGCUACUAGGCAAGAGAAACUGAGGUUCCAAGCUUUAAAGUCAGAUGAUCAGGAAGCUUACAUGAGAAUGGUUGAGGAAAGCAAGAAUGAAAGGUUGACUAUGCUUUUAGGGAAAACAAAUGAUCUUCUUGUGCGUUUAGGAGCUGCUGUUAGGCGUCAAAAAGAUGCUGAAUAUGAUGGAAUUGAACCUCUGAAUGCUCCAGAACCGGAGUUGCCUGAAUCAUCAUCUGCUUCAAAGAUUGGAACUCCUGAUGAAUCACAGCUUGAUGUGGAUGUUGAUUUAAUCGAGGCUAAACUUGAUAAUGGAGUAAAGACCUCUGACUUACUUGAAGGACAACGACAAUAUAAUUCAGUCAUCCAUUCAAUUCAAGAGAAGGUAACAGAGCAACCAGCAACACUUCAGGGUGGAGAACUAAGACCCUACCAACUUGAAGGGCUUCAAUGGAUGUUAUCUUUAUUUAAUAACAAUCUGAAUGGAAUAUUAGCUGAUGAAAUGGGAUUGGGAAAGACAAUUCAAACCAUCUCCUUGAUUGCAUAUCUCAUGGAAAACAAAGGUGUCUCUGGUCCUCACUUGAUUGUAGCUCCAAAAGCCGUAUUACCAAAUUGGAUAAAUGAAUUUUCAACAUGGGCUCCUAGUAUUGGUGCUUUUCUUUAUGAUGGGCGUCUUGAUGAGAGAAAAGCAAUGAGAGAAGAGUUGUCAGAAGGAAAGUUUAAUGUGUUGAUCACUCACUAUGAUCUUAUAAUGAGAGACAAAGCAUUUUUGAAGAAAAUUCCUUGGUUUUACAUGGUUGUUGAUGAAGGACAUCGGUUAAAGAAUGCUGAAUCUGUUCUUGCAAAGACUCUUGUCUCCGGCUACCAAAUCCGACGGAGACUUUUGUUAACUGGCACUCCAAUACAGAAUAGUUUACAAGAACUGUGGGCCCUACUAAAUUUUCUCCUUCCAACCAUUUUUAAUUCAGUUGAGAAUUUUGAGGAGUGGUUUAAUGCACCAUUUGCAGAUAGAUGUGAUGUUUCUUUAACAGAUGAAGAAGAGCUUCUCAUCAUUCGUCGUCUACACCAGGUUAUAAGGCCAUUUAUUUUGAGAAGGAAGAAAGAUGAGGUGGAGAAGUAUCUUCCACAGAAAACACAGGUCAUACUAAAAUGUGACAUGUCAGCAUGGCAGAAAGUAUACUAUCAGCAAGUUACUGAUGUUGGGAGGGUUGGAAUGGAUACUGGAAGUGGUAAAUCGAAAAGUUUGCAGAAUCUCUCAAUGCAACUGAGAAAAUGUUGCAAUCAUCCGUACUUAUUCGUGGGCGAAUACAACAUCUGGCGAAAAGAAGAAAUCGUGCGUGCAUCCGGAAAAUUCGAGCUGCUCGACCGCUUACUCCCAAAACUCCACCGAGCGGGCCACCGGGUUCUCCUUUUCUCACAAAUGACCCGUCUCAUGGACAUUCUCGAAGUCUAUCUCCAACUUCACGAAUUCAAAUACCUCAGGCUCGAUGGCUCAACAAAAACAGAAGAAAGAGGCACACUGUUGAAGCAAUUCAAUGCUCCUGAUUCCCCUUUUUUCAUGUUUUUAUUGAGCACGAGAGCUGGAGGGCUUGGGCUUAAUUUACAGACAGCGGAUACCGUCAUUAUUUUUGAUAGUGAUUGGAAUCCUCAGAUGGACCAGCAAGCGGAGGAUCGCGCCCAUCGGAUUGGUCAAAAGAAGGAAGUUCGGGUUUUUGUUUUGGUCAGCGUGGGGUCCGUUGAAGAGGUGAUAUUGGAACGCGCCAAACAGAAGAUGGGGAUUGAUGCCAAAGUCAUUCAGGCCGGGUUGUUUAAUACCACUUCUACUGCUCAAGAUAGGCGAGAGAUGCUGAAAGAAGUGAUGCGAAGAGGCACAAGCUCACUGGGAACAGACGUACCAAGUGAGCGAGAAAUCAACCGCUUAACCGCCCGAUCCGACGAAGAAUUCUGGCUGUUUGAAAAAAUGGAUGACGAAAGAAAACAAAAAGAGCGAUACCGCACCCGCCUUAUGGAAGACCACGAAGUACCUGAUUGGGCCUACACAAAGCCCGACAACCCAAAAGACAUGAGAGGCAAAGGCUUUGAUUACGAGACUGCUCAUCUCUCUGGAAAAAGACGUAGAAAAGAGGUCGUGUAUGCCGAUACACUUAGCGAAAUGCAGUGGAUCAAAGCCGUUGAGCAUGGAGGGGAUCAGGUCGGUAAAAGUAAACCCAGGAGGGAUGUGAGCCGUAAUAGUGUUGAAGAUGAGGGGGUGGAAGUGAAAAUUGUGAGCGAGGGGAUACUGGAACGUGGGUCUGCGUCCGGGUCCGGGUUGAAGAGGGUGAGGUCGCCCAAAAGUGAGAAUGUUGGGGUGGAUGAUGGGGAUUUGCCGACAUGGAGGACACAUAAGAAACGAUCGAUUCUGAGGUAUGUUCCGUGAUUCCGGUGUUGGAGGUCGGAAUUGGAAUAGGGUGGUAUUAGGGUUUAGUUUUUUGUUGUAAAAUGGUGCAGUAGGUUUAAGAUGGUUUUAUUUGUUUAUGGUUUUGGUUUGUGAUGAUGAUAUAUGAUAGUUUUUAUUUUUACUGUUAAAAUUCGUUUUGGUGUAUGAUAUUUUGAGCAUAUAAAGCAGUUCUGUGUAA